AUGAUGCAUUAACUAAACUGUCUUUGUCCUCAGCAGAGACUGAGCUGGACAAGAGAUGGUUACUUUGUCCCAGCGGCUGGACUGCGUACAGCGGUCGCUGUUACCGCUACAUCCCAAGAUAUUUGACUUGGGCGAGAGCUGAGAAAAACUGUCUGCGCUAUGGAGGACACCUGGCGUCCAUUCGCAACAUCUGGGAGUACCGUAAGAUUCAGCAGGUGAUAUUUGGUGCCACCCACGUGUACAGGCAGGCAUGGAUCGGAGGCUCUGAUGCACAAGAGGAGAGGCAAUGGUUCUGGAGUGACGGUAAACCAUUUGUCUACCAGUACUGGUGUCAUGGAGAGCCGAAUAACCACGGCAACCAGGACUGUCUACAAAUCAAUCAUGGAGCUCAUAAGUGCUGGGAUGACCGUCAGUGCUACCACCGAUUACCGUCUGUCUGCACCAGGAAGUACAGAAUACUGGGGGUUAAAGCAGAGGAAUGAAGUACACAUUGUACACAUGCUUUUGAAUACAUCUGUCUUUCCAACAUCAGCCUCACAUGUGAGCUGAGUCUUUCUUUUCUAUCGCUGUAAUGCCACUGAAGAAAUGAACCGACAAGUGACACACGGGAGCUGGAUUGUCUCUGAGGCUCUGAGCCUUUCAACAAGAGACCGAAUGUGUUUGAAUGCUUUUAUAUAUGCAUACUGCAGAGUGAACUCUUUUUCUUGUCUUAUGUAAAAUUAAAGGCUUAAGCAUUGAAACAA